AGGCGGCGCAGCGUGUGACGCCGCGGCCGCCGCGGCCGCCGCGGAUCUAGGGAUUAAUGGGAAAAGUUUUGGCAGGAGCCGAAGGAUCCUACGGAGCCUGCGGGACGGCGGCGGUGGCGCGGAGGGCAGCCAGAACAGCGUUGCAUGGUGUUUUGGGGUAUGCACGUGGUACUCACGCAGUGGCUUCUGUUCACCGACAGAUGAGGACAGAUGCACCAAAGAGGCUGACAGGAACUGCCCUGUAAAGGUCCAUCUGUGUUCAGACCCAGAAGAUGCCAGAGCUAUGACCGGGCCUGCAGGUGUGGUGCCGAGGGGAAAUCAGCCAUGGAGCAGCCACCGGAGGAAGCCCCUGAGGUCCGGGAAGAGGAGGAGAAAAAGGAAGUGGCAAGGGCAGAAGGAGCCCCAGAACUCAAUGGGGGACCAGGGCACUCACUUCCUUCCAGCAGCUAUACAGACCUCUCCCGGAGCUGCUCUCCACCCUCGCUGCUGGACCAGCUGCAGAUGGGCUGCGAUGGGACCUCGUGUGGCAGCCUCAACAUGGAGUGCCGGGUGUGCGGGGACAAGGCAUCAGGCUUCCACUACGGUGUUCACGCGUGCGAGGGGUGCAAGGGCUUCUUCCGUCGAACAAUCCGCAUGAAGCUGGAAUACGAGAAGUGUGAGCGGAUCUGCAAGAUCCAGAAGAAGAACCGCAACAAGUGCCAGUACUGCCGCUUCCAGAAAUGCCUGGCACUGGGCAUGUCGCACAACGCCAUCCGCUUUGGCCGGAUGCCAGAGGCUGAGAAGAGGAAACUGGUGGCAGGGCUGACGGCAAACGAGGGGAGUCAACACAACCCCCAGGUGGCUGACCUGAGGGCCUUCUCCAAGCACAUCUACAGUGCCUACCUGAAAAACUUCAACAUGACCAAAAAGAAGGCCCGUGGCAUCCUCACCGGCAAGGCCAGCCACACGGCGCCCUUUGUGAUCCACGACAUCGAGACAUUGUGGCAGGCAGAGAAGGGCCUGGUGUGGAAGCAGCUAGUGAACGGUCUGCCCCCCUACAAGGAGAUCAGCGUGCACGUCUUCUACCGCUGCCAGUGCACCACGGUGGAGACCGUGCGUGAGCUCACCGAGUUCGCCAAGAGCAUCCCCAGCUUCAGCGACCUCUUCCUCAACGACCAGGUGACCCUUCUCAAGUAUGGUGUGCACGAGGCCAUCUUUGCCAUGCUGGCCUCCAUCGUCAAUAAGGACGGGCUUCUGGUGGCCAACGGCACUGGUUUUGUCACCCGUGAGUUCCUGCGCAGCCUCCGAAAGCCCUUCAGUGACAUCAUCGAGCCCAAGUUCGAGUUUGCUGUCAAGUUCAAUGCCCUGGAACUUGAUGACAGUGACCUGGCUCUCUUCAUCGCGGCUAUCAUUCUGUGCGGAGAUCGGCCAGGCCUCAUGAACGUGUCACAGGUGGAGGCCAUCCAGGACACCAUCCUGCGCGCCCUCGAGUUCCACCUGCAGGCCAACCACCCUGACGCCCAGUACCUCUUCCCCAAACUGCUGCAGAAGAUGGCUGACCUGCGGCAGCUGGUCACCGAGCACGCCCAGAUGAUGCAGCGGAUCAAGAAGACGGAGACCGAGACCUCGCUGCACCCCCUGCUCCAGGAGAUCUACAAGGACAUGUACUGAGGGCUUCUCUGUCGACCAGCCGCUGAGCACUGGGCCUGGUGGCCGAGGGGGAAUCACACACAGUCGGCCCACCUCCCUCUCCUUUCCCCGGCUCCCUCCCUUCUCAGCUCCUCUGUCUUCUCUCAUUUCUUUGUUCUUUUUCUUCCUUCCUCUCUCACCCUCCCUUUCUCUUUCCCCAUCUCCGUGUCUGUCCCUCUUCCUCUUCCUGUGAGGCAGUUUGUGUUAUUUCACCAGCAGCACAGAACAGCACCUCUGCUUCCCCACCACCACCACCACCACCACCACCACCACCCCGCCCCCCCGCACCCCGCAGCAGGAGGGGCCGGGCCUGCCCUCUGCACCAACAGUCCCCUUCUCCCGUCUUCAGUCUUCACAGCAAAGGGCUCGAGCCAUCCAAAGAAACACUAAGCUCUCUGGGCCUGGCUUCCCAGGGAAGGUAAGCAGGGCCAGGGCUGAGUGCAGAGCGGCCCCUGGUCACCGGGUCCCUGGCGGAGGAUGCCUCCCCCAGCAGGCGGCCCGGCCGGGGCUUUAGCUUGGCUCCCAGCAGGCAGCGCACACCUCAGCCCUGCUGAGCCGCCGCCCUUCCCUUCUUUUCACCGGUCUCGCAGGCCAGUGUCACUGAUGGCCCCCGCGCUGGCUGCUGGGGGACACGCGCCCAGCCUGGAUAGAGGUGGGGGUCCCUACACCCCCACUGACGAGGAGCGAGCUUAAAGAGAGGCGGAGGGAGGUAGGGGAGAUGGCGAGCCGGAGACUUGCUUCUGAGCCCAGGCCUGGGGCGGGUCCCCCAUCAGCACCCCACUCUGUCUGCCUCUCUGCAGCAGCCACCGACUCCUGCCUACAGGUGUCAGCACCGCGCUCCCCCAGGCAGCGCCAGGGCCUGGCCUCACAAGCGCCCCUCCUUUCUCUGGCCUCCCGGAGACACUGGCAGUGGCUCCAGCCCAGCUGAAGCUCACUCCCCACACACACUCCCUCCAGCCCACACACCACAAGCACUGAAAUCACUUUACCUGCAGGUUCCACACCUCUCGCCCUCCCCUCCCUGAGGCAGGCGAGUGCCCAGAGGGGCCUGCAGGUGGACGGGCAGAGCUGUGCCCCUGUUCCCGAGGCUAGGCCAGAUCCCUUGGUGGGCACGGGGUCCUGUGGACCCAGCCCAGCACCUGCUUACAGGGGAGGUACUGGGGAUAAACUGAUCCUUCUCGUUUGUGACACCCUCUGUCCCAACAACUCUGCUGCCCUCCCCUUUUCCUUGUAUUUGGCCCAGCUGGUCACCUGGAACUCUCCCUGUACUGCCUCUGGUGACCAAGGACCUUGCUAGGCCCAGUCCCACUCGUGGCCCCGCCCCUCCCCCUCAUCCCCAUUGAUAAGCACUCACCCCAGAGGAGGGGCAGAAGCACAGCUUGGAGAGCUUGGAGCGCUGCCGUCAGAGCAGAGGACAGAGAGCCUACCCAGGCUGCUUCUCCAGGGAGGAAACAGGUCUGGAGGGGUGAGGGGCUGGCUGGUGUCUCUGAGAAAGGUGGCAGGACAUGUGGGGUUAGAGCCCAGGCUUCCUGGGUCCUGUCUGGUCUUCCUUUUGGAGGGGCCUUUCCAUGCCUGAGGAUCACUCUCUACUGGCAAGAUUCUCCCCUCCCCUCCCCUCCCCCGCCAUGCACCCCAUCCUCAUCCCCCUCCCCAGUUCUGGUACUGAGGAUACAGCUCUUCUCAGUGUCUGAACAAUCUCUAAAAUUGAAAUGUAUAUUUUUGCUAGGAGCCCCAGCUUCCUGUGUUUUUAAUAUAAAUAGUGUAUACAGACUGAUGGAACUUUAAAUAAAUGGGAAUUAAAUAUUUAA